UCCCGAGCUUGGCGGCUUAACUCUGUUACCCUGACAACUAACUGCUGGGCCCGCAGCCGACCUUGCGGCGAAGUGCGGAAUUCGGAGGCCAAGUGUGACCAGUGUUGUAAAUACUUUGGAAUGUUUCCUUUGGGAAGUGAAAAUUAUUGAUCAUGGCUGGCUAUUCCAAAGAAGAACUGGAUAAAGAGUUUGAAGAGUUCAUGAAAGAGCUUUCAGAUGAUUCUUUUGAAAAUUCAAACAAAACACCUAGACAACCUAGAAGAGAUGUGAAAAAGAAAGAUAUACUGCCUUGGUGGAUAACAGAAGAUGACUUUGAAGAUGGUGGACUGCUUGGAACAAAUGUAAGCUAUCUGAAAACAAAGAAGACUUCUCAGCCUAUUAUGGACAUAGAAGAGGAGUCUGCUGAAAGGAUUCAAUUUCUUAAGAGCAGUGGAACCUCUAUCUUAAGCGUUGACAGCUUAGAAACAAAUGAGAUAGUAGUUUCUGAGCUCAAUCAUAGUGUUCUCGGAUUGGGAUUGGACACAUUAGAAGAACAAGAGGAAAAAGAGCAAUUUUUUGCCAGACUUGAGAAAGGCUUAACAUCUUCCAUCGAUUAUUCAAGAUUAAAUAAAGAAUUGGAUUCUAAUGAUUCCACACAUUUUAAAGCUUUACAUAGUAAUCAAGCUAAUAUAGAACUAACUGAAGAUAAACAUGAGAAUGAAUCGAAACAUGAAGAACUGGCAGGAAAUUACAGUGACGAUUUUGAAGAUGAGGAGGAUAUUGGUGCACCUUUGACCACUAAAGAUGAAGAAACUAAUUCCAAAGAAAAUUCCAAAUCAGAAAAAAUAAAUGCACCCAAACAGGAAGAAGAGAAAACUGGCAUGCUGGCCAAUGUGGUACUGCUUGAUUCAUUAGACUCUGUUGCAGAGGUCAACCUUGACGUACAAGAUAAGGCAACAACUGUGCCCCAGGUCCUGCCUGAAAUAACUGAUAAUGAAAUGACAGGAACAGGUGUUUCUUAUGGACAAAGCAAUAGUGACAUGGAAGCUCUGCAUCAGGCGUAUUGUCAUAUAGCCCAUUCCUUGGGAGACGCUGCUGAACAAAGAAUUGAGAGUAUUGCCGUGGAAAAGCCCAAGAGCUCAGAGAAAGGUCAUCCUCAAGAAAAUGAGGAGUCCUCCAAAAACUUCUCUACUACUGAAUCUGAUCUGCCCACAGUAGAGGAGCUAAUGAAACCUAUCAGAAUAGAGUCCUUUGGGAUCAGUGGUUUGAAUUUACAACCUGUCAGCUGCGAGACACUGGCUGAGAGGAAAGAAACUGAAGUAGUAAGCCCUCUACCCUUUCAGAUGAAGCCAAAUGUUGAGUCUCAAGAGCCACAAAAUGUGAACCAAUAUUUUGACAAAAAUGAAGAGAAUGUGGUUUUACCAAAGACAACAGGUGAAAGUAUAGAGAAUAGCUAUCCAAGAGUAAACACUACAGAGGGAUAUAUAGAUAAAAGAUACCUUGAUCUUUUGAGGAGAAAACUAUCUGUUGGUACUUCAGUAUUACCUCAGGAUGACAAAAUAAAGAAAACUUUUAGAUCUCAACUCAGUUCUGGAGAAGGGACUCUAAUUGGUAAAGAGGUGCCAUACAAGAAAGCCAGAAGUGCACCUCCUUUACAUAAAAGAAAAUCCCAGAGUGGAGUAUAUGCAUCAGUUAGGAGCUCGGGCUAUGGAAAACCCAGUUCACCAUUCAAGACAUUUUCUGCUCUUGAAAAGAAGACUUCAAAGGACAUGAUGAAAAGCAAAAACUUGAGGUCCAUUCCUGCCUCAAAUCAAGCUAGGAAAAAAGAAAUCUUAUCUGAAACAAAACUCAUCAAGCCUGCAGCAUUGGGUAAACCAGCUCCCAGAACUGAAAGGUGCCUGGCUCCUCCUAAGAAGUCUGAAGGCCCUGCAGAAACCGGUUCCUGUGUUCAGCUGCAGAAUGAUUCUUCAGGAUACUGUGAUGGGAACAUGGACACAGAGUUAAUUAUGUUUAAAAGAGUUCAGGAAGCAGAGGAAAAAUGGAGGGGUGCACAGGCCUUAAUUGAGCAAAUUAAAGUCACAUUCUCAGAAAAAGAGAGAGAGCUGGAAAAUAAGAUGGAGGAACUAAAGAGACAACAGGAAAAGGAACUCUUCAAAUUGAGUCAGGACAAUUAUAUUCUUCAAGCCAAGUUAAAUAGCUUUGGAGAAACAAACAAAAAACAAAAGUUGUUACAUUUUGGAGAAACCGCUGAUCCUGUCACUGAAGAAAAACUGAAGCAAAUCCAAAAAGAAAUACAAGAACAAGAGACACUUCUUCAAGGAUACCAACAGGAAAACGAAAGAUUGUAUAAUCAAGUGAAAGAUCUCCAAGAACAAAACAAGAAAAAUGAGGAGCGAAUGUUCAAGGAAAACCAGAGUUUAUUCAGUGAGUUAGCUUCCUUAAAAGAACAGAUGCAAAAAAACCGUUUUCUAUCUCAAGUAGUUGAAGAUUCAGAGCCCACCAGAAACCAGAAUUUUACAGAUCUGUUAAUAGAACUCCGAGCAGCACAGAAAGAAAAAAGCAGUUUAUUGGAAGACAUCAAAAGACUAAAGCAAGACAAACAAGCUCUUGAAGUAGACUUGGAAAAAAUGAAGAAAGAAAGAGACCAAGCCAAAGAUCAGAUUGCUUAUGUCACAGGUGAAAAAUUAUAUGAAAUAAAAAUUUUAGAAGAAACACACAAACAAGAAAUCAGUCGUCUGCAAAAAAGAUUACAGUGGUAUGCAGAAAAUCAGGAACUUCUGGAUAAAGAUGCUGUUCGACUUAAAGAAGCAAAUGAAGAAAUUGAGAGGCUCAAACUUGAGGUCAAGAAACUAAAAGCUGAAUCUGGAAAUCCAUCCAUUCAGCAGAAGAUACAUUUAAAAGAUAAAGCAGCUGAUGCCAAAAAAAUUCAGGACCUAGAGCGACAAGUUAAGGAAAUGGAAGGAAUUCUCAAGAGAAGAUAUCCUAAUUCUUUACCUGCUUUAAUAUUGGCUGCAUCAGCAGCUGGUGAUACAGUGGAUAGAAAUACAGUGGAAUUUAUGGAAAAAAGGAUAAAAAAAUUAGAAGCCAGUCUGGAGGGCAAAGAUGAAGAAGCAAAGAGAAGUCUUCGUACCAUGGAACAACAAUUUCAGAAAAUGAAAAUUCAGUAUGAACAGAGACUAGAGGAGCAGGAGCAGCUACUUGCCCAAAAAUCGAAGGAAGCAUCCCACUCCUGCAGAGUUAAAGCACUAGAGAAGGAACUCGACGACAUUAAGGAAGCCCAUCAUAUCACUGUGAGAAACCUUGAAGCCGAAAUAGACAUGCUUAAACAUCAGAAUGCUGAAUUAGAACUCAAAAAAAAUGAUAAAGAUGAUAAAGAUUUCCAGUCCAUAGAAUUCCAAGUGGAACAGGCUCAUGCUAAAGCUAAACUGGCAAGACUCAAUGAGGAGCUGGCUGCUAAGGGGAGAGAAAUACAAGACCUUUCAAAAACUGUGGAGAGGCUUCAGAAGGAGAGAAGAAUGAUGCUGUCUAAUCACAACUCUAAGGGUAGGGAGGAAAUGACUGCAAAAAAGGUGAAGAAGGAUAUUUUGCACCCAGGUAAAGGAUACGCUAGCACCUUCUCUGGAACCCCGGAUGGCAAGCUUUACCAACCACAUAGUUUUACUGAUUCCCAUAUUUCAGAGGUUUUACAAGAAAACUGCAGAUUGAAAAAUGAACUGGAGAGAUUAAUUGUGGAGAGGGAUGAGCUGAAGAUGAAAUUCGAAGUAGCUACAAACCAGUUUGAGAAUUCCAUGAAAAGGGUCAAGGAAGAUACAGCAGCACACAUCACAUCUCUCAAAGCAUCUCAUCAGAGGGAAAUAGAGAAACUCCUUUGCCAAAAUGCAUUAGAAAAUUCCUCUUCCAAAGUAGCUGAACUAAAUCGUAAAAUAGCAACCCAAGAGGUACUUAUAAAACAUUUCCAAAAUCAAGUGAAUGAGCUGCAGGGUAAACAAGAGUCUCUGGUAGUUUCUCAAGUUCGAGAAGAAAUCCUACAGAAAGAGAUUACAAAACUCUUGGAAGAAUUGAGAGAGGCCAAAGAAAACCAUACACCAGAGAUGAAACAUUUCAUGGGCUUAGAAAAGAAAAUUAAACAGAUGGAAAUGAGACAUAAACAGAGAGAGCAAGAACUUCAACAGAUAAUACAGCAGACUCACCAAGUAGUAGAAAAUGAGCAAAACAAAGAAAUUGAGAAGUGGAAAAGACUCGCGCAGUUGAAGAAUCGUGAGCUGGAAAAGUUCCGCACUGAGUUAGACUCAAUACUGGACGUGCUCCGGGAGCUGCACCGGCAGGGUGUGGUCGUGCCCGUGGCUCUUGCAGACGAAGUGAGUGCACCCGAGUGUGACUAGAAAUUCAGAUUCCAGAGGCCCUCCUGCACAGGCCUGAAGCGGCAAGGUGCAUGGUGGCUGGGA